CUGGCUCAAUCACUUUAGCACAAUGAAAGGUCCCCUUCCGUUAGCAGCGAAACAUGAUCUCCCUCCUCAAUUUACAUUAUGAUGUUGUAGCGCAUCGUCCCAGCAGCUGAUUCUGUUUCACUGUUCCUGUUUUCCUCGCGGCGGAAAUAGUAGAAGGCCGCCUUCCUGCAACACAACAUAAUGCAUCCGAUGCCUGUGUGCUCCGUGAGCGGUGGAGACAUAUUUGAUUGUAUACAGAGAGGAAAUAUUGAGCAGUGUAUACACUUGAUACAAAAUGAUCGAUCUAUCCUCAAGCAAAAAGGCUGGGGGGGUUUCACCCCGCUCCAUUAUGCUGCCCUCCAUGGUAACCGUGCCCUGGUUGACCUUUUCCUUAGUUCUGGAGCUGAUCCCAACAUGACGUGUGAUGCAGGACAGACGGCCUUUCAUUUUGCUUGCAGGCAAGGGAACAUCUACAUCAUACAUCAAAUGAUGCAGUAUGGAGCUGACUUGCGCCUCAUAGAUCUUCAAGGCAAGACGUCACUGCAUCAUGCAGUUACUGGGGGCAGCAUUGUUGCAGUGCACUUCCUGUGGGAGACAGGAAUGUUCCGGUUCUCGGACACAGACAUGUAUCAGGUGACACCCCUUCACCUGGCUGCAUCCACAGGCAACACAGAGGUGGUCCGAUAUUUGCUCAGAGAGCAGAGGUGUGCCGUGGACGCAGUUGACCAGCAGGGAGCGACAGCACUUCACGUUGCAGCAGAGAGGGGCGGAGUGGAGGUGUGCUGGACACUGCUGCAGAGGACAGGAUGCAGGAUGCUCCAUCAGAAAAAUCACAGUGGCCUCACUCCUCUGGAUCUCAGCAAACAGGGGAAAACAUUCAGACAUCAGCAACUCACCAAACUACUGAGUCGAUACAUUAAUGAGCCAAUACACCACAAGCCCACAGAGUCUCAUGUUUUAUACUACUGGACACUGUUUUUUCCAACUCUGAGCGGAGCAGCCAUCCUGCUGAUAGCGGCCAUGCUGGGAGGCUACGGGGGGCUAAUCUGUGGUUUGCUCUUCCCCUGGCUCGCCAGAAGCAUUUUCACACAGUACCACCGCAUGACCACAUACCAAAGGUUGCCUAACCCGAUCUACCUGGGAACUCUUCUGGCUGGUAUGGUUCAUUCCCUGCUCUGCUUCUAUGGGAGAAUAAUGCCUAGCGUGUGGCCAACCAGUGCUCUGGCCCAGGUGGCCGUGUUCCACUUCUCCAUACUCUUCGGACUGUUCUGUAAGGUUCUGACUCAGGACCCCGGGGCACUGGACAAAGCAGACGCAGAUCCUCGAUUCUGUUGCAUCGCUGACCUGGUGGAGAACAACCAGAGCCCUCACAGGUUCUGCCCAUACUGUGAGCUGUUUCAGCCUGACUACACUAAACACUGCAAGCUGUGUGAUGUGUGCAUUGAAGACUACGACCAUCACUGCCUUUUCCUCAACCGCUGCGUCGGCCGAGGUAACCACCGCCUGUUCCUCUUCUUCAUCCUCUCCAUGGCGGUUGCCCACUUUCUCUUCGUUGCCAUAGCGACAACUUACCUGUACGGCAAGAUGCCCGCCGGCGAUCGCAGCCUGUCGUCGUGGCUCGCGUUGGCGGGGGAGGAGUUCUGGGUCGUGGCCAUGGUGAUUAUGAACGCAAUGACGCUCUUCUGGGAGGUGUGGCUUCUGGUUGAGCAGUUCGAUGCCGUCGCCACGGGAACCACUACGUACUUCAGACAGUGUGAAAACGCAGCGCGACAGAGGUCACUGGGACAGCGAUGGGUCAUGGUGCUGUCGUUCUUGCUGGAGGGUCGAAGGCGAGUGGGCAGCGGACAAACGAGAGAGGACAAAACUGCCAUAGACAUUUAAAGCCAUCAGUUUGUCCCGUCACUCACAUUCUCAGUUUACAGAGUCCUUGGUGUGCUUCAGUGAAUUUUGUGAUAAUGUCCUCUUUUUAUUCAGUUCAUCUCAAAUGCCGCAAGACAUCUUGCACUUGAAUGUAAAAUUCUGCUAUUUAUUAAUAAUAUAUUUUAAUAGUGAAUAUGUUUUAGAGUAGAUUAUCCAUUAUCCACAAUGGCAGAUGUGUCCAGAAAGUGGUUUGCAGGCUAAAUAUCACUAAGAGAAUUAAAUGUUCACAUAGUUUUUAGAGAGAAUGCUUUUAGAAGAACUGUGCAUUUAAUUGUUGGUUUACAUAAUUUUGUGUGAAAUACUGGAUAUUUCUGGAACUAUUUUAGCCGGGAGCACCUCUGAUAACACACUUUUAACACUUGUUUUUUUUAUAUUCCACAUCACUAUACUUUUUUAAUCUUAUCCUUAAAUAAAAUGUUGUCAUGCCGUGGUGUAAAUCACACAGUAGACCAAGGAUCAAGUCCUGUGAUUAGCUAGUGUUAAUGAUUAACAGAGAGGGGCACUGAAAAAUUUAGUUCCUAGCGUAAUGUCGUUACCUCUCCAACCUGCUCCCAGUCAUCUGCGUCAUGACACUUCCUCUGCUCACGCUAAUGGGACAUGUUCUUUUCAUGCCUUCAAUUACACACUCUCAUUUCCUAUGUGUCCCUCAGGACCAUAUUUCUCUAUUAUAGAUGAUGUAUCCCACACCCCUCGGAGGCUGGCGGGCCUGGAUUGUGCGAGCAGCUACGUCAUGUGAUGUCAAUUACCGUCUUCUGUACUGCUUGUUGUGCAUAUGAAGUAGUUAAGUUGAGCACAUCUAAACCUGUGGAACUGAGUGCUGUCACUAUUUCUCUCUGUCCUUGAAUCAGUGUUAUUGUAUUUACCUGGCUGGUCACCUGUCGACACCCCGAUAUAUUUUGCUAAUGGACAGUAUUUUAUCUAUGGUGACACGGUUCCUUUUUAUUUCAAAGAUGAUACCGCGGUUGUGCCAUAUUGUUUUUAUCCUGUAGAGACAGAAGUUUAAUAAAGAGAUACAUUGUCAUUUA